UCAGGUGUACAUGUUUUAGUUGAACGUCAUUUCGGCAAUAUAACGUAACUUGGUGAGAUCUAGACACAAGACACAGCACAAGUACUGGUGUGAGAGUAGUGAGUCAGAUCGAGAGGGUUAGAGCGAGCUAGAGCAUCGCUCAUGGCGGGUAUCUUGGGCGCUUUGCAUUGGUGGGACGAGUGGCAGCUGCGCGUCCUGGUGCUCGGCAGCCUGGGCAUCCAGUGGUUCCUCCUCUUCGCCGCCCCGAUGCGCAAGUACACCAUCCCUCGCUGGUUCAGGACCUUCAUCUGGCUGGCCUACAUCGGCAGCGACGCCCUGGCCAUCUACGCGCUCGCCACCCUCUUCAACCGCCACGCCAGCAGCAGCAGCACCAGCAGCAGCUGCGGCAAUGGCGGCCCGUCGAGGGCGCUGGAGGUGCUGUGGGCCCCCGUCCUGCUCAUCCACCUCGGCGGGCAGGAGGAGAUCACGGCCUACAACAUCGAGGACAACGAGCUGUGGACGCGCCACACCGUGACGCUCGUGUCCCAGGUCGCCGUCGCCGUCUACGCCUUCUGCAAGUCGUGGCCCAGAUCCGGCGACCGGCGGCUGCUGGCGUCGGCGAUCCUGCUCUUCGUCGUCGGCAUCCUGAGCUUCAGCGAGAAGCCGUGGGCGCUCCGGAGGGCCAGCAUCAACCGGCUGGCGGCCGUGUCGUCCAGGCUGCACGGACGGGACAGGAAGCCUCGCCGACGGUGGGGGCUCUUCACCAAGCUGGAAGACAAGUACAUCCGCUGGACAAGAGCGGCGGCGCAUUACUAUUACUCGACGGCGACGGACAAGGACAGUCAUCAUCACCAAGCUGCAGAUCACCAGCAGGUUAUUCUGUCGGACGGAGACAAAGUCCACAUGAUCCUCUCCGACAUGUCCCUGUUCGCCUCCUCCUCCGGCCUCGCCAAGCGAAAGCUGAUGAAGGAAGACAGCAUCAGAGCCGCUGCCGAUGAGAUGAGGCGGCAGCGCGAAGAAGAAGAAGAAGAAGGAAAGACCGUCACAGUGCAAGGUGACAUCGCCGGCGACGACGAUGUUGUUCUGGAGCCUCUGAGCCCCACCGCGGAGAUGGGCUCCAAGCGCUGGCUGCGCAGCGCCUUCGGCCUCAUCUACACCCGGAUCAACGUCGCCACCACGCCGGCGUACCUGGCCUUCCACUUCUUGCUCGUCCCGGCGAUCCACGUCGCCGCCAUCUCGCUCUUCGCGGCGAGCCGCAAGCGCGGCUGGUACAAUCCCACCGACGUCACCAUCACCUACGUCAUCCUCUUCGUCACCGCCGCGCUCGACGUGCUCGCCGAGUGCAUCCGCCAGCUGCUCUACUGGGCCAUGUCCGCGGCGGGCGUGCCGGCGCUCUGCGAGACGCUCCCCCAGUACAGCCUCCUCCGCUCGGCUCGCCGGCGGACGCGCCCGGCCGCCGGCCGGCUGCUCAGGUGCGCCGCCCGCCUCGGCCUCGAGGAGGAGUACUUCGUGUGCAGCAGGCGCGGCGGGAACCUCCUCUACUGGAGGGUGGCCGGGUUCGUGAUGCUGGACCUGGUGCGCGCCACGGGCCUCAACCUCGCCACCUACCGGAGCUUCACCGCCGGCAACUGGGCGCUGAGCUUGGAGCUGCAGCGGAAGUGCGGCACCAUGGUGCGGCGCACCCUGCGCGAGUCCUUCGACGAGAGCGUCCUCAUCUGGCACAUCGCCACCGACAUCUGCUUCCGCCGCAGCCCGCGGCGGCGGCCGGGCGCCGGCGACCAUGAGGAGUGCACGCUGGCGAUAUCCAACUACAUGGCGCACCUGCUCAACUUCCGGCCGGACAUGCUGAUGACGGGCAGCAGGCGCCACCUGCUCACUGAAGCCCUGGAAGACCUCGAGGACAUCAUAAUCCGUAGCACGGGCUCGAGCAGCAGGACGACCAAGCAGCAGGUCGACGACGCGGCCGUGCUGGCGGCCAUCCUGAACGCCGCCGGCGGCAAGUCGGAGCGGCACAAGUACCCUCUCAUCCACGACGCGUGCAAGCUCUCCGACGAGCUGAUGGAGGUGUGGCCGGAGGAGACGCGGUGGGAGCUCAUGUACCGCGCCUGGGUCGGCAUGCUCUUCUACUCGGCCAGCAUGUGCCGGGGGUACCUGCACGCCAAGAGCCUGGGCGAGGGCGGCGAGUUCCUCUCCUUCGUCUGGCUCAUGCUCUCGCUCAAGGGGGCCAAGACAUUGGCCGACAAGCUUCAGAUGCCGGAGCCCGACGCGCAGCAGGAAUCACAAGCUGCUGGUGGAGAGGAGACGGCGGCGACGGCGACCGCCACCGCGAUGCCGUCGACCGACGAUGACCUGGAUCUGGAGUCGCUGGUCGACCGACCGGGAAAAAAUCGCUGAUCCAUGCAUGCAUUUUAAUUUCCUGCAGCCUGCCAGCCUUGCAGAAAUUUGCUUUUAUUUCUUGUGCUUGCGUAACUUUACUUAAUUGAUGCCACAUCACAUACAGUGUCAAUGUCAAUACCACAUC